UUUUAUGUCAAGGUUGUUAUGAUUUUGGGAAGAUAUCGUCUUUUAUCAAUAGUUAACUAUACAUGUGUAUUAUCUAAAAAGCAGUGGAUUCAAAAUUGUAUAGUUAGGCCAUAUUUGCCUCAAACUACUUUUAUAUCACUAACUAUACAUCAUUUAAACAGGAUAGAUAAAAAAUCAUUUAAUCUUAUGUUAUUUGCAAAUAUGGCAUCAACAAGUAAUCCUACAAAUACACAAAUAUUGAAAAAGAAUCGUUUGAGUUUGGAGAAAUCACCAUAUUUAUUACAACAUGCUACUAAUCCAGUUGACUGGUAUCCAUGGUGUGAUGAAGCUUUGGAGAGAGCAAAGAAAGAGGACAAAUGUAUUUUUUUAUCUGUUGGUUAUUCUACAUGUCAUUGGUGUCAUGUUAUGGAGAAAGAAUCAUUUAAAAAUAAAGAAAUUGCUGAAAUAAUGAACAAGAAUUUUAUUAACAUAAAAGUAGAUAAAGAAGAGAGGCCAGAUAUUGAUAGGAUAUACAUGACUUUUAUACAAGCUACCAGUGGUCAUGGUGGAUGGCCAAUGAGUGUUUUUCUUACUCCUAAUUUAAAACCAAUAGUUGGAGGGACUUAUUUCCCUCCAGAAGAUACAUAUAGACAAAUAGGAUUUAAAACAAUUUUACUCAGAGUUGCCCAAAAGUGGCAUCAAUCUAGAAUGAAAAUUGCAGAAGUUGGAUCUAUUAAUCUUGAAAGAUUACAAAAUAUUUCUAAAAUUACACAUAUAUCUACGACACAUGAAAUACCUUCACCUGAAUGUAGUAAAAUAUAUAUUCAACAAUUUAUAAAUGAAUUUGAACCUAAGUUUGGUGGAUUUGGUUCUAAAUAUAAUAUGCAAUCACCAAAAUUUCCGCAACCAGUAAAUUUCAAUUUUUUAUUUCAUAUGUAUGCACGUCAACCUAAUGGAGAAUUUGCAGACUCUUGUCUGCAUAUGUGUGUAUAUACUUUAAAAAAAAUAUCUUAUGGUGGCAUUCAUGAUCAUGUAGGUCAGGGCUUUUCAAGAUAUGCUACUGAUGGUGAAUGGCAUGUUCCUCAUUUUGAAAAAAUGUUAUAUGAUCAGGGCCAAUUAAUGAAAUCGUAUACAGAUGCAUAUCUUGCAACUAAAGAUAAUUACUUUGCUGAAAUUAUCGAUGAUAUCGCUACCUAUGUGAUAAGAGAUCUUCAACAUAAGGAAGGUGGAUUUUAUAGUGCUGAAGAUGCAGAUUCUUAUCCUACAUAUGAUGCACAGAGUAAAAAGGAAGGCGCUUUUUAUGUAUGGACUGCUGCAGAAAUUAAGUCACUUUUAAAUAAAGGAAUUUCUGAUAGAAAUCACAUUAAACUUUCGGAUAUUUUUUGUCAUCAUUUCAAUGUAAAGAAGUCAGGAAAUGUGAAAUCAUAUCAAGAUCCACAUGGAGAACUAGAAGGGAAAAAUAUACUAAUAAUAUUUAACGAAAUAGAAGAAACUGCUAACUACUUUAACCUUCCUGUUGAAGAAGUUAAGAUGCUUCUGAAAGAAGCAUGUUCCAUCUUAUACAAAGCUAGAUCUGCAAGGCCACGACCUCAUUUAGAUGAUAAAAUUAUUACAGCGUGGAAUGGUCUUAUGAUAAGUGGUUUAGCUUCUGGUGGAGUAGCAGUGAAUAAUAAACAAUAUAUCGAGAGUGCAGUAGCUGCUGCGAAAUUUAUUAAACGAUAUCUUUUCGAUAAAACCAAAGAUAUGUUACUUCAUAGUUGUUAUCGCGAUGAAAAAAAUACAAUUACACAAAUGAGUACACCUAUACCUGGUUUUUUAGAUGAUUAUGCAUUUGUUAUAAAAGGAUUAUUAGAUUUAUAUGAAUCUAGUUUAAACGAGGAAUGGCUGGAAUUUGCUGAGCAAUUACAAGAUUUACAAAAUCAAUAUUUUUGGGAUGAAACAAAUGGUGGAUAUUUUACAACAACAUCAAAUGAUCCUUCGAUAAUUCUCAGGCUUAAAGAAGCUUAUGACGGAGCAGAACCUUCUGGUAAUUCAAUUGCCGCCGAAAAUUUACUAAAGUUGGCAGAUUAUUUAAAUCGUAGUGAAUUCAAGGAUAAAGCAGUGCGGCUUUUCGAAGCAUUUAGACACUUGCUAAUAGAAAAAUCUGUUACAAUUCCACAAUUAGUAUCGGCGUUUGUACGCUAUCACGAUGAUGCAACGCAGAUUUACGUGGUUGGAAAGAGAGAUGCCAAGGACACUGAUGAUCUACUUCGCGUUAUAUAUACACGUUUGAUCCCAGAUAGGAUUCUUCUCUUAAUUGAUCACGAUGAAACAACUAGUAUGAUAUUUCGUAAAAACGAGCAUCUCAGAAAUAUGAAAGCUGUGAAUAAUCAAGCAACGGCUUAUGUAUGCAAACAACGUACGUGUUCCUUGCCCAUUACGAAUCCUGAACAAUUAGCAACGUUGUUAGAUGAUCGAUAA